AUGAGAGCUUUGACUGGGGUUGGCGGUGGCAUUCUGAUGCCCAAUGCCGUUGCCACACUCACAAUCAUGAUGCCACCCGGCAAAGCUCGAAACUUCACUUUGGCUAUCUUUGCAGCAUCUCCACCAAUUGGCGCCAUGGUUGGUGCCUUGAUUGCAGGUGCUGUUUUGAAAUAUACAGAAUGGAAGUGGCACUUCAUUAUCUUAUCGUGCCUUGCGACUGUUUCUUUCGGGGCUCUGUUAUUUAUUCUGCCUCGCGAAAAGCCAGUCGAUGAAGACGGAAAGGUUGAUUUUAUAGGCGCGUUACUAGGACUGAGCGGACUUUUGCUAUUUAGUGUGGCCUGGAACCAAGCACCCUCAGUUGGGUGGCAGACACCUGCGGUCAUUGUCAUACUGAUUCUGUCGGUGAUCUUAAUACUCUUCUUCUUCGUGUGGGAAAGUCGAUUUGCCAUUGAGCCGAUUAUGCCACUGGGAGCCUUCAAAACACCGAGUUUUAAUGCCUUGAUCUUCGUCGUUCUAUUCAUCUACAUGUCAAUCGGGAUUCUUUUGUGGUAUAUGGUUGCCUGGGAACAAUUGAUUAGAGACUGGACAGUUCUCCACAUUGCGGUUGGCUGGAUCCCAUAUGGAUUGGGGGCCUCGAUGGCUGUCACCAUGGCUGCCUGGCUUGUCACCCUUCUAGAGGCACAGUACCUUCUCGCUCUGGGAUGCUUGACUUCGUUUGCUGCUAGUGUGUUGUUGGCCACGAUGCCGGAGCAGCAGCUUUAUUGGGCUCAGGUCUUCCCGGCGACUGUUUUAGGCAGUCUGUGUCCUGAUUUUGUUUUUGUGGCUGCGCAAAUCAUUGCUAGUAACAGCGUUGAGAAACACGAGCAGGGCGUGGCCAGUAGUCUCAUUGGGACCUUGAAUCUUUAUGGUAACAGUCUGGGGCUUGGUUUUGCUGGUACAAUUGAAGGGCAGGUGUCCAAAAUGACCGAUAGCAGAGUAGCGGGCUUCCGUGCUGCGAUAUGGUUUGGGGCUGGAUUGGCGGUGGUGGCACUGGCUCUUGAUUUGAGCUUCGUGAGGCUGCGUCAUGAGGAUCGUGAAGAUUGGAAUUCGCCUCAGCCCGUGGAUCUUGAGGCCAUGGAAGCAAGAUGA